UUUCACACCAGAGGGUAGAGGUGGUCAUGUAGCCGUAAUAGAUCCACGUAGCAAUCAGAUUUAUUUUAUAGGUGGCUCUCGUCUAAUUCCAGACAGAAAUCCAAUAAAGAGUUCAAUAAUAGUAUAUAAUUUAUCAAAUAAAGUUUUUUAUUUGGAUCUUAAGUCACAAUUCUCUACAAAUAAUCCACCAUAUGUUGAACUUCCUGGUUCACAAAUGACAUAUGGAAGUGAAAAAGGAACUGCAGUUGUUGGUGGUCCUAGCAAGGAUGAUGUAUAUAUCGUUGGAGGCACAUUACAAAACUUUACACUCCUUAAUCAAAUUGAAAAUAAUGCAACGAUAACUUCGAAUCAAACAUUAAUGACAAACGAAUUACUUAAUACUUGGAAUGUGACAGCUCCAAAUAUUUUUAUUUACCGACCGUCUACAAAAUCUUGGUUGAGUCCUAAAACAGUUGCUAAUGGGGGACCAACGAUUAGACGUAGAUCAACUUCAACAGUAAUGGAUCAGGAUGGAAGAAUAAUAUAUAUAUUUGGAGGAAGAGAACAGAUAGAUACUGGGUCACCUACAUUUAUUUGCUUUAAUGACACUGCCCUUUCAAAAUGGAAUAUAAUUAAUGCAGCCAAUCCACUGCAACAAUACUUCCAAAUGAUUACAAAAUACUCAUCAACUACUCAAGGCCGAGCAGGACAUACAGCGACCUUAUUUGAUAAUAAUACAAUCAUCAUAAUAGGUGGAACUACAA